GUCUACUUCAUGUUUUCGUAAACAAUGUCUACUUCAAUUCAUGUUGAAUUCACUCAACAGUUAUUAUAUAUUGUCAUUGCGUCUGUUCCUUGAAGAUGUGUAUGCUGUUUGAUCAUAAGGAAGCCACUAAAUUGUUCUGAAAUUGCUGAAAUGAUUUGUAAAGAUUCCUUCAUCAACACUAACCAGAGAGUUGGAUCCACCGAAUCCAUUUGAGUUUACAAACGCUGUCAAAAAAAAUCCGUACGUGUGUUGAAGUGGCAUCCAGGAAAAAUAAAAAGGAUGACGUCAAUUCGUCAAUGGCAAGGGACUGUUCCUAUUGAAAACCUUGAUCAUUGAAUGAACGCAGGUUGUAAUGCUUCGUUAACGAGCUACUUUGAGGGCAAAUUGCUAAAACAAAGAACGUGAAGAUGGAAGCAUUAAGUUUUGUGCUAAAGUACAUGAAAGGAGACAACAAUCUUUAUGAGAAUGAUGAAAAAAAUAAUAAAGAAAGUCAUGGCUUGGAAUCUCAUAAAAGGAGACUUGCUACAAGUUUUGAAGUCCUUGAAGAUCUUGGUGGAAAAUUAUUUGGUGUCACUGAAGCAUGGGUGAAAAUGCUAAUAGAGAAAAUGCUGUAUAUACAUUCUCUCUCAACGUUCACACCUUACAAAUUUGAGAUGAAACUUUGCGUCUCAUUAACUGAUGUGAAACGAAGAAUUAUCCCGAAAGUGACCGAAAAUAUUUUCUUUGUUGCACUGAAUACAGAACGACUAUGUACAUUUGAUCAUAAAACAGAUCAAUCAUUGAAACACAUUGAAAUUAUACCUUCUGUGAACAACCAACGGAAUGAAUUCUUAAACCAUAGGAACGGUUUAAUAAGUUAUUUGGAUGGACAAGAAAAGCUGCAGAGUAUAAACGGAAUAUGCUUGACACCAGACAACAUAAAAAAGACGAGAGAAAAAUGGCACCACUUGUUGCAAUCACACAAACUGGAUACGAGCAAACAUGAAAACUACCAUCUGCGUCAGUUUACUCAUAGCUGUUUCACAAACAUGCCUUGUUAUGAUCAUACAAGCCAAAACACAGUGAUUAAAACAUCCACUGAGUUCAAAAGAUUUCUUAACGACAUCCAACACCAGUUUCAAUCCCAGUGCUCAGGUUCGAUGGACGAUGCAACCCUUGGCACUAGGCUACUGUUCAAUUUUUUGAAAGAAACCAACCGGACAUAUGCAGGUUUACGUUUAAAUAAAUCGGGCACAUCAGUGAAGAUCGUUCACUAUGGUAUAGAUGAAUAUCCUGAACUAAGAACAACGGAAGAAAAGCUAAUAGAACCAGCGAUAUCGGGGUCGUUUUUGAAUUUCAGUACAAAGGAAAAAGUUGAAUUUUUCCGUUUAGCUUCUUUUCUAAAAACACUGGAGAAAAUUGGCAUCCAUUCUCAUACAUCAGAUGAAGACGUUGAAAGAAAAUUAGAGAAUUACACAAAUACUGGAACUCAUUUCCAAUAUGGUGGAGAAAUAAUGAACAUAAAAACCAUUCUUGCAGAAAAAGAGAACAGACUUCUACACGAUGAAAAAAUCCUUGUCACAUACAAAGGAAUUUCUCUUGCUUUCGAUACUAAAAUAGAACUCAAAAUAGACGAAGAAGCUGCAUUUCUAACUGAAAAAUACAACAUAAAUAACUUUGAUGAACAUGAAAACAAAAAGUCUUCAACAAAAGAAAACAGAAAAGAGGUGCAGCUAUUUUUUGAAAGAAUACUACAGAGCAAAGGACAAAUUCUCAUGACAGGGUAUGCUAUCGCUGGAUUUGGUGAUCUUGUAAAUUUUCAAAUGUUGUAUAAAACAAUUAUUACAAAACACCCAGAACUCAAACAACGAAUCAAUGCGUACGCACAUUUUUACCGCUAUUCAAUCGCCAACACAACAUUAAACAAGUUACUCGACAAGGACAUCAAAGUCAUAGCACACAAUAAUGCCAAUCGUCAAUGGGAUCCUAACUAUAGCUAUAAAUUGGUGUCAGAAAUAGCUAAAACUCACCAGCCAGAGUUUGAAAUUCAGUAUAAUGUUGGCUCAGUAUUUAAGACUGUUGCAGAAGAAAGAAACGUUCUUAGAGUUGGCGAGAUCGGAGGAAUGGCCGGGGUAAGCUUAGUUGAUGAUGCAUACUUCACUGGUUUAUCACGUGGAGGAAUAGGAUUUGGCAUUCCUACAGCUAGUGUGGAUGUCAACCAAUCAGAGAUCAAAGAAAUUAUAUCAGGUAUUCUUUAUAAUGUCCUUGGUCAAAAACCUUCAUGUAAUACGUCAUUCGCAGAAAUAAUCAAAGAAAGAUUUGCUCUUAUGAUGGCACGUGAAAAUUCCCAUGUGAUCAAUCAGCGAAAAUUCAACGAUAAUUGUGACGUUAAAGAUGGGCAAAACUUUAGUGCGGGCAAGCGGCUACUUGCCAAAAUUCUCAAGGCAAUGACAGAACAAUCAGACGUCGAUAAACCAAUAAUUCUUGCAACCAGUAACAUAGAAGCUCUGUCAAAACAAGCAAGUGAAGUGGGCGUCAAACUGACUUCAAAACAAGCUUUUAUUUUGAAUGGCAGCGAGUACAAACAGUUCCUCAUAAGAACAAAGUCAGGUAGGGAGGCAUUUGUUGUUCAGGGUUUUUUUGAAAACACGCUCGUGAAUGCUAUCAUGAAACAUGCGACUAUCCCAGUGGUUUACUCUGGUGAAGGAUCGAUGAACGAAGGCUUGUCAUUUGGUGGCAAAGGUUUUAUGAUUCCAUUUUAUGACUUCCAAGUUAGCACUCUUAUUGAGUCUGGAGGUAUCGCCAGUAAACAGAGUUUUGAUCCAUUUCUAAUGUUCAUCGAUGGAAAUGAUGAUGGAUUUCAAAACGACCCUGACAAAGUCGUCCGUCUGAAACUUUGCAUCAACAAGCUAUAUAUCAACUGUGAACAAUAUGACUUACUUAAGCUUAGAGUUGGUGAGCAAUAUCCUCAGAUGUACCUAGUAACCGUUAAGACAGACAGAGAAAUGCAUAUUAAAAAACUUGACAAUACAGAAGUAGACUUUCAAGUUGAAAACAGCAGCAUGCAUGACUGGAAUCGAAAAAAAACAUUUUUGUCUACUCAGGCUACCCUUUACAAACUUGACGACUGGGCAAAAGAAUGGAUGAAACUUAUUUACGAUCGCAACGCAAUAGAUUUGGACCUCAGCAAGCUAGGUCAACAAACGCUAGCUAUGCUUCGAAAAGAAAAUGCACAAUUGUCCAAUUGGUUUGAUCUACUCGACGUUGAAAGAAAGUAAAACUUUUGGGCUUGCUCGCGUAAUCAUUCGACUUUCAAAAAGAAGGCUUUUUAUAAAUUACAGCAACUUUAAAACGACGUACAAGAAAAAGCCGUAUUGUAUAGAUUACAUGUGAUCCAAUCAAUCUUAUUUAUUUUUAUUUUAAGUAAUUGACCACGAAUGCCGUCAAAAUUAGCGAUUCAAUACAAUACAAACUUAUUUUAUUUUUUCACAAUAUAAAAUAAGUAAACAAUAAUUUUUAUUUACAAUAUGAACUAUUUAAACUAUUCUAUUUAUUAUCAUUUAUUCAGAGUAUAAGCAAUACUACUCAUUAAUUAUAACCUGUUCAUCACUGGCAAUACAUCUGUAACAUAUUUUGAUCCAUUUUUUAUAUAUUAUUUGAUAUCUAACAAUGCAUGUAUUCACCAAUAUUAUUUCAUAUAUUCUUGUAAGGACCUUACUGCCUUAUUUUUAUUAUAGUAUUAUCUACUUGUUAUUAUAGUACUGGUUCCAAUCUACAAAAAGAAAUUGUUAAUUGAUUAUAUAAUUCUAUGAUCUUA